UACAUCAUCCAUCUUCAAACUUCUUCGCAAUGGCUACUCAGUUCUCAGAGCCUCCGGUAGAGACAGCGUUUCAUUCAACUUCCUCUUCACCUCCUCAUGGAUCUCUUCGUCGAUCUCUUCACAUCCCCCAGGGCGCGACCUCAUUGAUCUCUCGCCGAUUUUCUCGUACUUCAGGUGUCAGACAAUCAUCUGAACCUGUAGACAUCUUUGCUGUUGAUGACCACCAACAACCUCCCCAACAAAUCCCGCAAUUACCUACACUUCAUGUUCGCAUUGUUCCAAGUAUUGAAAAUCCAAACCGUUGCAUGAUAUUUGAUAUUGUAGAUCGAGUAUUGGAGGCUGGGACAAUCAUCAAACUUGGUAGAUUCGCAGAACGAGCAAUGGCAGAAAAUCACUUGUCUUUCAAAAGCAAGGUUGUUUCUCGAUCUCACUGCGAAAUCCGUAUGGAACACGAUGGCAAGCUCUAUGUUCGCGAUACAAGGUCAUCUUCUGGAACAUUUCUCAACCACGUUCGCCUGUCUCCAGCAAACCAGGAGAGCAAGAAUACCGAAAUCAAGGAUGGCGACAUUGUCCAACUAGGCGUAGAUUAUCAGGGCGGUCUGGACGAAAUCUAUCGAUCUGUAAAAAUGCGUUUCGAGGUCAAUCACACCCAAAAUCAAACAAACUCGUACAGCGUGUCAGCUUUCACAAACCUGCGAAAUUUCACUAGCCCUCCCAGGCACAUGUGUUCUAGUAAUCCAGGCCACGGAACCAGUAACCUUUCGGCUGGUGUUGCUGCUUGUGCUGCUGCCUGUGUUGCUUCUACUGGCGGUAGUGGCUGCACUGAUACUGCUGCUUCUGGGUCGGCUGUUUCUUGCACACAACAACAGGUGAUGGCUACAACAAUGUCAGCAGAUGAUUUUUACCCAGAAGAAUCAGUCGAGGUCGAAGAAUGCUGUAUUUGUCUAUAUGCCAUCGCACCAUUCCAGGCCCUGUUUGUUGCUCCCUGCGCUCACUCCUACCACUACAAGUGCAUCAGACCCCUUCUCAAAAGCUAUCCAGGCUUCCAAUGCCCAAUCUGCAGAACUUAUUCUGAUCUUGAAGCCAGUGUGGCUAUUGAAGCCGAAGAGGUCAUUGAAAAGUAUCACACCAGAUCCCCCAUGGCCAUAUCACCUCCUCUUCAGUCCUCUAUCCCAUUACCACAAGCACAGUCGUUAUUACUUUCUACAAAUCCUGGACCUGUUUCGCCUUCUCCUGUCAUUGCACAGCCCCUAGAAACAGUCAGUGCCGCAAACAGCACCGAUAGAUCUCUGGAUCGACCACACGGACAGCCAAUUGAACAGUCAGAUGAAGAGCUAGAGUUACCACCUUUUGAAGACACUGUCGAACUCACACCACAGGAAACCAUUGCAGUAGCGCAUCCAAUCGCUGUCACAGAAUCUGCUCUCCUUGAUCCCCUGUCCACAUUUGUUCCUUCUCCUGCUCUCUCCCGCACACAAUCAGCACGAGACACAGACGCUGUAGAUUUUGAAGGAGCAAUAAGACCACCACUUCCUCUGCCAACAGGAACAACAGGAACAGAAGUAGUAAGAGAAGAAGACGAGGAAUAUGAAGAAGCGUCACAGGGAAAUUCUGCCAGACGCGCCACCGAGGCACUGUCACCAUCACUGUCACCAUCAUCAUCACCACCUGCCUCAUCCUCAAUACCCGACCGUCGCACUACAAACCUAAUGGAGAAAAUACGAAUGGCUUUUUCUGAAAAGAGAAAACCAACAGUGUCUGGAAGAAGCGAAGGUCGCAAUAGUAGAGCACGGUCAGCAACAGGAUAUAGCAAUGUUAACGAGGACGAAGAGAUGAUGGACGGUGGUCUCUCGGAUGACCCUUACAGCCCCACAUCGUCUUCACCAUCACCCCCUUCCAGCCCUGGAGGAUUCCAGCGCUCUUUGUCUGUCAUCACACACACUCUUUCUCGUCAAUCCACUACACACAAUAAUACCCUUGCCAAUAUUGAAGAAGAAGAAAGACCCGAGGAUCGAAACAACCGACAGUGGAAUUCUUCUGAUCCUUCUGCUUGGAUGUAUUGUGCAUAAAGCAACCACCAAAAAAAACUAACCCUCUCUUACUACUUUCAUCUUUAUUUCUUUGCAACACUUCUUUAUUUUACUUUUUUUGUUUGAUUGUUUUUUUUUAUCUUUUGCUUGUUUUCUAUAUAUUUAUUAUAUAUAUAUAUAUAUAUAUUAUCAUUUAUCAUUAAUUAUUUUCAAAUUUCUAUGUAAUUAAUAUUUUUCUUUUGGUUGUUAAAUAUCAAUCAUUUUUUUUUUCACUUUUCUACUACUUCUUCAUCUUCUUCAUCAUCUUUUUCUUCUCCUUUUUGGUCCCUCGAAUUUCCUCUCCUAUCAAGGAUUCCUUAUUAUAUUAUAUUUCCUUUAUAUAUAUUUAUAUAUUUUAUAAACUGUAUUUCUUUGAGGAAAUAUUUCAAUGUAUAAUCCACGUUCCUACUCAAUAUAAAGACUCAACCCUGCCUUUU